UAGCGCGUGGCCGACGCGUUCGCCAACCACUUUCGCGUUCCCCUCCAUUGAUUGUUGCCUCUACCGCAAUUGUCUCCUGCUCAACCACGCUUUGUAUACCCCCGUCAGCGUUAUCGUACUCUCUUAAUCCCAAUCUACAGUCAACAUGCUCGAGGCAAAACUACCCCAGGCCCAAAUCCUCAAGAAGGUCGUCGACGCCAUCAAGGACCUCGUACAGGACUGCAACUUCGACUGCAAUGACUCGGGCAUCGCGCUCCAGGCCAUGGACAACUCGCACGUCGCCCUUGUCUCCAUGAUGCUCAAAUCGGAAGCCUUCGAUCCCUUCCGCUGCGACCGCAACAUCGCGCUCGGAAUCAAUCUCGGUUCUCUUACAAAGGUGCUUCGUGCCGCUGGAAACGAUGACGCCCUUACCAUCAAGGCUGAGGACUCGCCUGAUGUCGUCAACUUGCUCUUCGAAUCCAGCACCACAUCGAGGCUGAGCGAAUAUGACAUCAAGCUCAUGGAUAUCGACCAGGAACAUCUUGGUAUCCCUGAGACGGACUACGCGGCAACAGUCACGAUGCCAUCGGCUGAGUUCCAGCGCAUCUGCAGGGACCUAGGCGCAUUGUCCGAGUCAGUUUCGAUUGAGUGCACCAAGGAUGGAAUCAAAUUCGCAUGCUCUGGCGACAUUGGUUCUGGCUCCGUCAUCCUCAAGACAUCCAGCAACGUUGAGAAGCCAGAGGAGAACGUUUCGGUUGAAAUGAAUGAACCUGUCUCACUCACUUUCUCUCUCAAGUACCUGAUCAACUUCUGCAAGGCGAGUGGCCUGUCAAAUUCAGUCAAGCUCUGUCUAUCUAGCGAGGUUCCCUUGCUUGUCGAAUACCCCUUUGAGUCCAGCUACCUGAGGUUCUACCUCGCACCCAAGAUUGGCGACGAGGACUAAACGCAUCAUGACUUCAUUCACACACAAGCGGCAUGUUUCCAGGAUAGAUGUGGGGGAUUUGCGGCGCAAUGGCUUCGAUAUGCAUCGAGCGUCUGUUAGCUCAUGGUUCUGGCGUGCGACAUUGGCGAAAACGCGGUGCCGCGUGGUGUGUUCCGCGCCCUAGGCACAAAAGGAAAGCUACUGCCCCACCAACGGGUUCACGUCAUGUCGCGGAAUUUCAGAUAAGGAGAUCAACAGUAAAUCAACAACGUACCCCGU